AUGGCCUACACGCCGAGAAGCACGAUCGGGACCGUCAAGUCAUGGAACACAUCUUUUUCUGGUUUGACCGACGACAGUUAUGCAAUGUCUAAUCGACCAAUUGAGGAAGUCGAGGCUGCUCGAUUACGAUCCGAGUCUGUUGCCGAGUUUCCUUGGAUAGAGGAUGGAUACCAACCUAUACGAACACAACAGACGAAAGCGCCUCCGCAAUGGUUCAACGAAGGGCAGGCGUUCAACAGGGGCAACUCAGUACGAUCGGUGCGGAGUAUACCCCGAGAAUCGAUCGUGGAUCUGCAUUUAAUUGUGUCUGAUUUGGAUUACUACGCUGGUGCUGUCCACGAUUAUCAAGAGGAAGAAGAGCAAUGGGCAGCGGAAGAAGAGGAGUGGUUGGAGGAGAAUGGAGGCGAGUGGCCUCUACCAGAAAACAGUGAUGGCCAAACGUUUGGUCAAAUACAGAUCGUACGGAACGCUACGCUCAAGCGCGGCGUAUCGACGAAAUCGAAGAAAGGCGAAAAGGACGUCAACCUCGUGACUUGGGACGGUCCUGACGAUCCGGACAACCCGAAGAACUGGAUCAAGAAGAAGAAGUGGCUGGCAACGAUCACGGUCUCCCUCUUCACCUUCAUCUCGCCAGUAUCGAGUUCCAUGGUUGCGCCCUGUCUACCACAACUCGCGAGAGAAUUCAACCUACCAGAAGGCAGCACACAGGGCGAACUGGCCAUGUCUGUCUUUAUCCUCGCCUUCGCAGUCGGACCUCUCAUCCUGGGACCUAUGGCAGAACUGUUCGGCAGAAGAAUUGUUCUCCAAAUCAGUAAUUUGUUCUACUUCGUCUUCAACCUUGCGUGCGGCUUCUCCAACAACAUCCCCAUGAUCAUCGCUUUCCGCUUCCUCUCCGGUCUCGGUGGCAGCGCACCCAUGGGUAUUGGAGGUGGUGUAUUAGGCGAUAUCUGGCUUCCCCAAGAGCGUGGUAAGGCCAUGGCCAUGUACUCUCUCAUGCCUCUGCUUGGCCCAGCCGUGGGUCCCAUAGCUGGUGGCUGGAUUGCUCAGUACAGCACAUGGCGCUGGGUCUUCUACAGCACGAGUAUCUGCGCCGUCUUUGUCCAGAUACUCGGUAUCUUCUUCUUAAGAGAAACCUACGCAGCUGAGAUCCUCAAGCGCAAGAAGAAGCAGCUCAUCAAGAUCACCGGCAACAAGGACCUACACACUGAAUUCGACAACCCGAACCGCAAGUUCCGCCAGCACUUGGCUACCGCCCUCGGCCGUCCGUUCAAACUCCUCUUCACGCAACCUAUCGUCCAAAUCCUCGCACUCUACAUCGGCUACGUCUACGGCGUGCUCUACCUAGUCCUAGCCUCCUUCCCCAUCCUCUGGACCAGCGCUCGCGAUGCAACACCACUACCCGGCUACGGCGAAAGCCCAGGCAUCGGUGGUCUCAACUACAUCUCCCUCGGUCUUGGCUUCUACAUCGGGACACAAAUCGCCGCCAAGACCGCCGACAAAAUCUACAAAUCGCUCAAGGCUAAAAAUGGCGGCGUGGGACGCAGUGAGUUCCGUGUUCCGCUCAUGUUUCCGGGUGCAGUCAUGGUGCCCAUCGGCCUCAUCAUCUAUGGCUGGACGGCACAAUAUCAGACUUUCUGGCUUGCACCGAAUAUUGGGACGGCCAUUUUCGCCGCAGGCAACCAGCUGGUGUUCCAGAAUUGCCAAACAUAUAUCGUGGACUCUUACACCCGAUUUGCGGCUUCUGCAAUCGCGGCGACUACGGUACUACGAUCACUGGGCGGUUUCGCCUUCCCACUGUUCGCGCCAGCUAUGUACAAGGCGCUGGGAUAUGGAUGGGGCAACACCACCCUCGCGUUCUGCGGUAUCGCCAUUGGCCUGCCAGCACCAUGCAUACUAUGGUGGUUCGGCGAAGGCCUCCGAAAGAAGAGUCAGUUUGCCGUGGGAUGA